AAAUAACAACCAGGCGGAUCUAAUUUCUACUGGAUCACAUGGUUCGAUGGCAGUCAAUGGAGCGACGAUUAUGGGACGAGAGAGCGACGAGAGAAGAUCGGCAACAUUGUUGCCCACAACAGUCGAUACCAGUUCGCUGACAAGCGUUUACAAUUCACUUCCCGAACCGUCGUCGCGCGAGCUGACGCUUCGCUCUUCCAGAGAUAUAACGGAUUUGGGACCAAGGCACCUAAGGCAGUUUAAUGUACCUCAAUACGUGGGUUCGUCUUCGUCAUCUACUACCUCCUCAGUGUCGUCUGAAGACGCAAUGAACAUGAGAUUUACGGACCUUACGCAUAUGCACUUGAAGAAAUCUAUAGAUCAAAUACACGGAAGUUAUAGCAGCGCUGAUUCUGACCAUUCUGAUAGACAGACCCCCAGGCAAGUUUUUUCAUCUUCUAACAGUACUUAUGGAUCGGGGUCGGGCGGUGUGUCAUCGGCCAGAGACUAUUUGUCAUUUAACCGUGUAUCUGCGACUGAAUCUGCUCAAAGACAACAUUUAUCUUCCUUGACUUCACAAAGCAUUGGAAAUGGUUACUCUUCCCAGUCAAGCAGACUACCGCCGUCAAUAGCGAAUUCUACAAACACAUCGUCAAAGUUUCAUUCUCUUCUGUCUGUGAAAGACGCGCUUUUGGAAGAAAAAGAAUCAGCUAUCGUGAAAUUACGACUGCAAGUUUCGUCGCUUCAACACCAAGUAAAAGACAGUAAUGCGACGUUGCGUCAAGUAAUGCAAAACAAACAGAACAAUAUAACUCGAUCUAUGAGCUCAUUAGCGAUAGACACAUGCUCUCAAAACGGAGACCUUUCUCAGAGUGAAACGGAAUAUGAAGCGGCUAAAAUGCGAGUUCGUUUAGCUGAAAGUUUUUCGCAACAAGAGAAAAACGUGAAUGACCUUCAGAGCUUAUUGGGAAAAACGGAAUGCCAGUUAGCAGAAACGAAAAGCCAGAACGCCAGGGAGAAAAGAAUUCUUGAAGACAAAGUAAAAGAACUUGAAUUUUGUCUUCGAACGCGCGAUAAAACUAUUUCAGAAAUGAAAAGGAAGCACAAAUCAUUAUCAGAUAGGAUAGAAAAGUAUAAAAGGCGCGUAGAAAGUCUGGAAAGAUAUUUGGGGGAUCUUCCUACAAUGGAAGAAAGCAAAGAAAUAAAACGAACCAUGGAUUAUUUGUCUAACGACAAAGAAAAAUUAGCCGGAGAUUUGGAUCAUAUCCGAAAUAAGUACGACGAAGCAAACGCAAUAAUGCGGGAAAAAGAAGAAUGUUUGAGAAUAGAGACAGAAAAGAACGCUCUUCUAGAAGAAGAGAUAGAGGCACUUUCCAAAAAGAUUACUGAAUUUGAAAAUAGUCAAGAAGAACUCGGCGUCACCGAGAGACGAGAAUUCGAUGACACAAGACGCGAACUCGAUCAAAUGCAUCGCGACCGAGAAGACGCGGCGAAACUUCUGGCUGCCGCAGACAUGCGGAUCAAAAGUUUGACAACACAGCACCGAUCAGAUAUAGCGAAACUAGAAGAACGUAUUGAGCAAGAGGAGAAUGCAACACAAACUUUAAAACGUGAAUUGAGUGCCAAACAACAUACGUCGUCCAAAGUACAGUCUGCCAUGACGAAAUUAGCUUCCCAAAACCAGCAGCUUAUGGAAGAAAAAAUGUCUUUUCUGGAGCAACUUCGUACUCUCGAAAGUGAGCGGUCUUCUUCUCGCGAUGCUGCUCGGGUGGCAUCCCGCCUUCAACGCGAAACCCAAAUUGCUGUUCGGGAUUUGGAAGCAGUUACGCAAGUUUUACUUCAAACGUCCAGAGGGGAUGACCCUAACUUAUCAGCGUUAUUGGGCGUCCGUCCAUCGUCGGUCGGUUUAACUGAAGAAGAAAUGGACGAACGUGACGCAGGCGCGAGUCUUACCGUGGAACAAAUGACUAAGAGAUUAACUGACGUCCGGAAACUACGUCGCGAUAUUGACGAACUUCGUUCAACACUUUCAAAUCGAUACGCCGAGAAUAUAGGACAAAAUUGCGCUACACAAUAGUAUUAUGUCACUGUUACUAACCAUUCUUUAUCUAUUCGAAUCCCGUACAUGAGUCAUAUUAGCCAAAUUCAAACACGUAUGGCAUCACAUACCGUAUGCUAUAAGCUCACCCAUUCAGAAUCUCAUAAGCUCCUUUGCGUCGCAUUAUCGUCAAAUUUAAUUUUGGAGGUUUUAGUUUAAAAGAAGGUAAAACAGUAAAUUUGCUUCAAUUUGCGCUGAUAUUUAUUGUUAGAAAUAAUGCCAAAUAAUUUGCAUUCUUAUCCUUAACCCUAUCAUACACUGUAUUCACAAAUACUUAAAUACUCAACUAUUUUAUUAUCGUAUGAUUCAUUCAUCGGGAUCUACUGGAGACUUUUCGUGCCAACCAGGGGUUAAAAGACUUAAAAUUGAAUCGAUUAUUUAUUUGCUCUUGUUGGCUGCAGUUUUGGUAGAUUUUAGCAUCUUUUCCGAAUGUAUAUCUCUUAUUUAACAUAACGUGUUACUUUUUUUUAUUUUGGCCGAAGUGAUGGCAAAUCAUAAUAGUAUUUAUACAUUAUAUUACUGUAGUGAGUGUUCACUGAAUGUUUUGUUGCCCUUUACUAUAUUGCAUAUGUUUUACUUAUUACGUUUGAUUCUCCUAGAUUAUUCAAUUCUUCGACUUAUGAGAUUACAAUGCUUUUCAAAGCUUAGCAUUCACCCAAAACCGGCUUAACUGUUAAAAAUGUUGAAGCACAGGUCGACUGAGUUACUAAAGCUGUCAUGAUGUUUGUAUUCCAUUUUUCAUAUGAAAUUAAAUCUGAAGAAAAUUCAAUUUAUUAUAUGUUUGGAAAAUUAAUCAUCACAACAAACAAAAAAUUGUAUUGAGUUUUAAGAUGUUCUACGCUUGUCAUAGAUUGGAAUUCGAUCUUUCGGCUGGGUUAACUAUGCAUCUCGCAACUGAAGGAAUGUGUUAGUGGCUCUUUUACCCUGUAGUAAUGUGAAAUCGAACUGCAAAACUUAUUAGCUUCGGUCGAUGUCACUGUGUGUAAUAUAUUCACUCUACAAACAAAAAAGGCACACACAACAUCAAUGAAUUACUCAGGAAUUUAUUUUAUCAUUUUGUUUUUUAUUAGAAUGAAAAUGUUCCUUUACUAUUUUUCUUUGUAUUCAAGGUUUGCAGUUGCAGUGGCUUAAAAAUGUUAUAGUGGCAAGGACUUGGUGCUAUCGUAUUAUUUGGUAUAGCUUUACUCAACUUUAGUGCAAUUUAAUAGUGGUAUUUUUGAAUGUUUGUAUUGUUGCAGACCGCGUGGAAUGUUUGUCUUUACUCACCACUCAAUUUAUAAAACACUGUUAAAUCUUUUUAAGACAAAAAAUUAUUCUGUUUCAGUUUGUCCUUCGAAUUUAUUCUUCAAUAUUAGAUAUUCCUCUUGGCAUUUUGGAAUUGGAACCGUCUGUUUGUCAUUUUCGCAAAUUUGUUUGGUCCAGUCAUUUUGAAAACAUUAAUCUGCUGUGCAACACACCUUCGAAAAAUUUGUCAAAAAUCAUGAUUUCAAUUUGCUGUGAAUCUAUCUAUUUUGAUAUAAUUUUAAAUUACAGAGAUCUUAAGUUUAGGUAUUUUUGCUUUAAAUGCUAUGUGAAAACCCGCAGAAAACAAUUCUCUUAUACGUAAUCCGAAUGGUAAGCAUUGGUAAGGGAUAGAUACUAAGUUUAUAUUCAUUUAUAGUGUUCAGAUAUUUUGGAGCCUGGUGUUUAUAUAUUUCGCUCGCCACCAUCAAAAGUUUUAACUAUAUUAUCCGUGUUCGCGUUUUUUGGACCUAAGUUUCAUUGAGACUUGCAAUGUUUUAGAAUCGCUAAAUAAAUUUCUGCUAAAUUAGCUUUGCCACUUUCAUCUGUUAGCAGUGUGUGAUUUAUGUGCAUGCGUCUAGUUUCUGUUUGUCAAUGGUGCGUGUCUUUUCUUGCUUAAAUAUACUAUAAAAUAAUAAAGUUGUUUUUCAGUGAAAGGCAAA